AAAGCAUCAUAGUCAGUUAUUGGUAGAAAAUUUAGAAGCAAUUGCAAAAAUUCAUUCAUAUUAUCUUGCAAACAACAAGUCAGAACUUUCUUAUUAUGGUCAAGAUCAUUUAGCUGAUGAAAUCCAUCAAAUUUUGAAAAUGGCAGAUCUUUAUGAUGAAGAAGAGGAUAUUGAUUUAGACCAGAUUAUGCUAAAUGUGAAUUUGGAAAGAUCAAAUAUUGAUGAUGAUAUUGGUGACGAAACAGAUGUGAAAAAUCCUCAAGAAGAUAAUAACGAAUUAGAUGAAUGGAUAGUGAAUCUUGAACAAGAGGAGAAUUACGAUCCUAAAACUGUUGUCAAUCUUUUUGUAAACCAAGAAUAG